UGAAAUCCCCAAAACGGGGCUUCCGACAAGCUCCGGCGGUUGGUCCCGUCGCUGGGUCCCACGGGGAGCAUCCAAUGAGAACCCUUUGUCGAGGAGGGAGCAAAGAUGCUCCAGUGCGUCUGACCGCACCGGAUUCCGGCUCUCUUCUUCUUCUUUCUUCUCCGAGGUUGGACUGGGCUUCGAAAUCUCAAAGCUUUCAACUCUCUCUUUCUGCGGAUGAGCCACCAUCUUCAUCGCAAUCAACGGCUGCGAUUCGUGGGUGAGGACUUGAAUUGUGUUCUGAUUCUGCUGGAAAUAAAGAUUCCUUGUGGCUGCGUUAGCCUGUGUGGUAGAGCUGUGCUUGGCAAUACAUGUUUUGAAGGUGUAGCACCUUGGAACCGCACCUGAAGUCGGGUAGAGCAGCGAUGCUGCAGCUGUCAAGCGUUCGCUGAGUACCUCAAACGAGCUAAAAUAGGCCUUUGGAAAUCUGUAACUAUUCAAGGAAGCUGAGUGUAUCCUGUUCAUAGCUGUGACACCUUGAAGUUGGAUGGAAUAGCUUCCUAUAAGCUCCUUUGAUUCUUAAGCAGGACAUCUUAUGAUAGUGUUCCUUUUGACAAAGUGAAGACUUUAACAAUCCUAAUCGAAGCGAUCAUAUGGCUAAUGAAGAAAGCACACCAAAUGAAACUGGUCCUGAAGGAGUGAAGCCAGAAAACAACCCUGAUAAUGGAGGUGAUACACCACAGCCUGGUCGGGAAUCAAAUUCAAAAGAAUCCCUCGUGUGUGGUAUGGGGCUUCAAGGGGCACAGGCAAAGGAACUUUUAUUAUUGGAGCUGACCCCUGAAAGUGUUAAGUAUGAAUCACCAUCUGUUCAAGAAGGCAGCACUCCCUCUAUCAGUUAUGAAAAGACUGCAGAGGAUGGAUAUAAUUGGCGAAAAUAUGGUCAGAAAAAUGUUAAAGGGAAUGAAUUUGUGCGUAGUUAUUACAGAUGUACGCAUCCAUACUGCCCUGUGAAGAAACAAGUGGAGCGCUCGCGUAGUGGCCGGAUUACCGAUAACAUCUACUUAGGCGAGCAUAGUCAUCCUAGCCCACAGAAGCACCUACCAAUGGCUGUCGGCUUUGCCGUGUCCAUAGUUGAGGAGAAGCCAGAGAGGCCUUCUUCCACAAGCACACAAGACAAAUCAUCACAAGCGAAGAGCCAGGCAUACUAUCAAGUUGACAACAAAGAAACUCCUCAGCCUUUAGCGCUUCCAGCUCCUGCUGAAGUGAAACCUGUGGUACCAGCAAAAGUCAAGGUUCAGGAUGAAAUAGCUACUGAUGAGGAUCCUCCUGGUUCAAAACGAAGGAAAAAGGACAGUUGCAACACAGAUACCGCUUCAGUGGAUAAGACUACCACUGAAGCACGGAGCGUUGUUCACACCGUGAGUGAGGUAGAUAUUGUCAAUGAUGGGUAUCGGUGGCGCAAAUAUGGCCAGAAAAUGGUGAAAGGCAAUCCUAAUCCGAGGAGUUACUACAGAUGUUCAAGCCCCGGAUGUCCAGCUAAAAAGCACGUGGAGAGGGCAUCCCAUGAUGCCAAGGUGGUCAUGACCACUUACGAGGGUCAGCACAACGACCAUUCUGUCCCUCCUUUAAGGACAAUCAUGCCUAAUUCAGGGGGAUUUAAUGGUCAUGCAACCACCCAAAGUGGAGACGUGAACAUCAAAUCUCCGGAUGGUGAGACCGUGUCUCACAGUGUUGUGGAGAAUGCUAGCUCGGCUUCUGGGAGUAAGUCAACCGACCAAUCCAAUGGCAAGGCUGAAGAAACAUCAAGACCUGGUGAUCAAGUUGGGGAUAGAACAGUAUUUAAUAAUGAUUUAGGUCCUGAGGAUCGAAUUAAUGAGGAAAAAGAAGACCUGUCGAGUACUAAAUCAGGGGAACGUGAUCCUGUUCAUCUUGACUCCGUCGUGAAUGUGAUGGGGGAGAAUUCACACCCGCAGCAACAGCCAUCUAAUGCAGCAGCUGUUCAAAGCUAAAACAGUGUCCCUAUCUGUGAUGGUCAACCCGCGCACAAAACGUUCGCCGAGGCUGUAGUAUAUUUCUUAUGUUAAUGUAUGAGUGAUCAGGUGUGGGAUAGGUCAUUGGGAGUUGCCUAAAUUUGGUAACAGAUGUUUAGAUUUAACUCUGCACUGAAAAUUACAUGUUAGAAUAUUAUCAGUUGAAUACGAUUCCAAGGAGAAUCCAAUGUGAGAAAUCUAUUUAUUCUCAGAA